AUGAAAAAAUCAAAGAAGAGGUAUCACACUUUAUCUGAAGUUUGGGAAAUUGUUACCAAUUUAGAAAAUAAAACACAAAGGCUGCCUGAAUUGCUUGGAUUUCGCAGCAUUGAUAUAGGCAAGGGCUAUAAAAAGCUGAUUACCUUAUGCAACUCUUUAAGCAUUAUUUUUCUUCAAUAUAACUUACAAUCUGAUGCUCUAAAGAUGCUUCGAAAAGCAUCAGACGCUGAUAAUGGCCUUCAACGAUUUGGAAUAGAGUCAGACAAAUGCUGGCAAGGCUCAUUGAUUACUUAUACCGCUUUGGCUUUAUUUUUCCAUAAGUAAUUUUUCUAUAGAGGGUUGGACAUUACCAGGAAUCACUCAAACUUUUAUUCCAAGCUCAAAAUUCUAUCAUAAAAUUAAAAGAAACUGGAGGAAUUUUGCUUCCAGAUGUCGGAAUUUCUGUUAACAUGCUGACUUUUGUUGCUUUAUGAAAAAUUAAAAGAUUUAAAGAAGCUACAGGAUAUUUAGAAUCUGCAGGCCAAAUUUUGAAUUCUAUCAUAAGAAAAGAAAGGGUAUCGAAAAUGUCAACCCUUAGUACUCAGAACUUAUAUGGGUUGAUUUUAAUGGGCCUCGCUGGGCUCAAAGCAGCUGCAGAAAAUAAUAUCACACAAGCUAUUCAGCUCUGCAUAGAUGGUGUUGAGCAGCUUGAGGAAACAGUAGUUGUCAGAUCUUUAUUAGAGAAGUUGCUAAAGUUUCUAUCAAAAUCGCAUGAAAUCGAUUUGAAUGUGAGGCAAACAGCAUUUAAUUUUACAGCAAUGAGCUUAAAAGAAAAUGCUGAAGAUUGAUUAAUUACAAAAGAGUUUGAAAAAAUUUUAUUUUUAACAACUUUUUUACCUCUAAUCGCUCCUAAUACACCUAUGAUUAGAGAGUCUGAGUUGACAGAAGAAAAGCAAGGAGAAACAGAAGAAAGUGCAGAUCUAAGUUCCCAAGAGCAGCUAGAUGAAGUUCCAUCAAAUGAAGAACAAAAGCCUUAUCUUCAGCUGAUAAAAAAUGCAAUUAAUAAGAAAAACUUCAAUUUUGAUGUGAAUGCAAUUUCAAGAUCCUCCAGAAGAAAUGUCCAGAGCACUCCUAAAAGACGGUUAAGUUCCCCCAAACAUUGAUGGGAGAGCAAAAAAAUCCUGAAAAAUAUGCUGAGUGAUACAUCAAACGCUCAAAUUGAAAUCCAGAAAAUAGCAGCAGCACCAAGAUAUAGAAGUGAGCCACGCACAAGGGACCCUAAAUUUAUGCCAAAACCUCCAUCAUCAAUAACAAGCAUGAGAUCUAACCGUCUGAUGCCGAUGGCGACAAAUCUAAAUUCUCCAAACCUGUCUCAAUAUAAAUCCAAUAUUAUGAACCCAAAAGAUCAUAGAGAGCUAAUAAUGCUUGAGUUUAAUCCUACACUAGACGCUUCAGGCAAGCAUGUACCAGUUGAAUUAGUGCCUAUGACAAAUUAUUCAAAAAUGAGUUCUAAAGAUGCAAGGUUUCGAUCUACAAGUCUUUUUGAUGAAGAAAAUACUAAUAUUUGUGAUUAA